UCGAACCUUGGCCGCCAGGGUGGGAAACCUGCAACAAACCGCUUGAGCUAUGGCGCGGCCUAUCCAGACCAACCAGACCCCCAAGCGAAGCCAAAUCUUAUUUUGUCCUGCAUAGCUGCCUACAAUGGUCUGUACGGAAUUUGUCAUAUUUACCCCGCUUCUGCUCAAUCAACUGCACAAAAAUACGAUCAGCAACUUCAUCAACCUUUCGUGCUAUCAAAAUAAACAAACAGCCAACAUUAAUUUCUACACUUUUCCAUGGGUGCAAAAUACGCGAGCUCCAAACCGUCCGAGCUCUUUGACGUGAUUACCACCGCCGGUAUGCUUUGUUCAACGCCUAGGAUAACAUUAUCUAUACGUAUAACGGGGUAGAUACACGAGAAUCUGGAGGUGAUUUAAGGGGAAUGCUGCAAGAGAGUGAUGAUCCUCUAGAUCCACCAGAACCUCCUGAGCCUCCAGGAAGUGAACCAGAUCAAGAACACUUAAGAUUACUAAAUGCUCAAAGAAACCUCAUUCCCUCUUCUGCUAAAAAGUACAAAUGUCAUUCCUGUGAAGCACCAGAUUGUACAAUAACAGCACCAUGCACAUCAGCACUAGAGUGCUGGAAAUCUCGUGUGCGAGAUUCAAACGGUGUAGAGCGUCUGUCUCGAGGCUGCAUCACCAAUCCAGAACAGAUACCUUUAUACUGCAGUGUACCAUCAUAUAGUUCUCGCUCAGGUCAUACAAAGCGCCAUACAGAUGGACAGUAUGCAAUAGAUUGCUGUACUGGAGAUUUUUGCAACAAUGGAAGUUUUCCUGAUCUGCCACCAGUUGUUUACAAAGGCCAGGUGCCACCAUAUCCAGGCAGUCCAAGUUACUUUAUGAAACUGACACUUGCAAUACUUGGUCCAGUGUUGGCUCUGGGUUUGUUGGGUGCACUUGUGUUGUUUCUGAUGCGACGUACACACAGAAAGCGGCUGAUGUCUGCAAGGAACAUGGCAGAUCCAGAGACUUACUAUGCAUCUGAUGAUCUCAGAGUAACUGCAGCAGGGGACAGUACGCUCAGGGAAUAUCUUGAGAAGAUAUGUAAUGAGAUUAUAGAAUUUCAAAGUACAGGACAUUAUGAUUUGAUGUAUAUGAAGACAAAAUAACUAGGAUGGAAAGAGAACCAUGGGAUUCAAAAUAUUGGCAUCGAAGACUCCCAGGGGAAUAGAAUAGUAGA